AUGGCCGAUCAUUUGAUCCUUUCUCUUCAACCUCCUACGUUUCUGAUCUUCCCUUCUUCUCUUCACCGUCGAUUGGGUUUGUCUCGGAAAUUUCCCGGUGGAACUAGAUUCUCAGUUCCCGAGCUCCGAUUGUCGUCUCAACUACAGUUGGCUAAUUCCACUUCACCAUCACAGUCUUCUUCCUCUUCCUCUUCUCCUCCUUUUCCACACCCGGAUUCUGCUCCGGAGAAGUUCGAUCUCGUGUCCAGCACUCAGCUUAAGGAUGGAAGCCAUGUCUUCCGGUUUGGGGAUGCAAAUGAAAUUGAGAGAUAUCUUGAGACUGAAGAAAAAGCAAGAUGCUUAGAGGUGGAGAAGCAGCAACAUGCUAAGAUAGCAGAAAAAGCCAGUGAAGUUUCGAGGAAACAAGGGUUGAAAGAUGGACAUGCAUCGGAUAUUGAAUCAGGAGAUUCUUCUGAGGAAGAGGAAAGAGCUCCUCCUCCUGCCAAUCUCAGCAAUGUCAUCAAGAUUAAGGAUCGUAAAAGAGUUCGUUCUCCUACUAAGAAAAAGAAAGAACUUUUGCGGAGCGAAGAUAAAGCUGAAGCCAAAGUUGAUAGUGUGUCCAAUCCAAGCUCCGCAGUUAGUGUAGCUGAAGCCAUUCCUACUAGCUCUACUGAAGAAAAGGUCGUUGUUUCUAAGAAAUCUGAGCCGAUCAAUGAGAAUGUAGAGCCUCUUUCUUCUGAAGUCAUGGAGGAAGUCUCUGUAAACGAGAUAAAAGACUGUGAGACAAAUGGUUAUCAACAACUCACUGAGGAUCGUGUGGAGGUUCAAGCAAGACCGAUACCAUCUACUCCACAAGAGGGCUCACAGUCAGAGCUGUAUGAUCUCAAGGAAGUUUUGCAUGUAUCUACCAUUGAACCUGAUGACAAUGUGGAUGUGAGAGAAGAACCGAUGAAAACUUUUGAAGCUGAAGAAAAUCUUGUCGUUGUACCAACAGCUACAGCUGCUGUAUCUCCUGAUGAACUUGUUUCAACUUCAGAAGCAACACAUAGCAGCAUUGGUGAGAUCGCUGAAACGCCUGAGGUGGCAAAUGACAGAGGUAAUGUGGCUUCAACCACAGAAGAUGAAAUAACUGUGAAUGACACAAAAGCUGAUAAUGGUAGCUUAUCUAAAACUGUCAGUGACACAAAAGUUGAAGAUAUCCAACUUCCUGCACCUGAAACGGUCGGUGUUGAACCCAUUGAAGUGGUUUCAGUCAGGGAAGAACUUGUGUCCAAAGCAUUUUACUUGGACUCUGGUGUUGCUUCACUCCAAAGCCCUGUUAAGGCAUUGGCAGGUCGGGAAGAUGCUUAUUUUGUCUCUAACCAUAACUGGCUAGGUGUUGCAGAUGGAGUCUCUCAGUGGUCAUUCCAAGGAGUCAUCAGGGGAACAUAUGCUCAAGAACUCAUGAGCAACUGUCAAAAUAUUAUAUCUGCUGAAACUGAUAAGAUAGCUGAGCCAGUUCAAGUUCUCCAUAAAAGUGUCACAGAGACCAAGUCCCCUGGAUCAUCCACAGCCUUGAUUGCUCAUCUCCACCAUAAUGAACUCCACAUUGCCAAUAUCGGAGAUUCGGGAUUCAUGGUUAUUAGGAACGGGAGAUUAUUGCAGAAGUCGUCUCCAAUGUUUCAUCAUUUCUGCUUUCCCUUGCAAAUUAGGCAAGGCAAUGAUGAUGUCCUAAAACUUGCAGAGGUUUACCAUGUGAAUCUGGAAGAGGGCGAUGUUGUGAUCACAGCGACUGAUGGACUUUUUGACAACUUAUAUGAGAAAGAAAUCGUUUCAAUAGUUUGCAAGUCACUGGAACAGAGUUUGGAACCUCAGAAAGUAGCAGAGCUGUUGGCUGCAAAGGCACAAGAAGUGGGACGAUCUGAGACAGAGAGGACGCCAUUUGCAGACGCAGCUGAAGAAGAAGGAUAUGAUGGUUACAAAGGUGGAUCAGAGGAGGAAGUAAAAAUGAGGUUUUUCCAGGGAAAUUCCUCUUUGACCUUAAACCCUAUUAAGAGCAAACUAGCAACGAAGAUUCUUCCUUCGUUGAUCCAUCUGAUUCUCGUCAAACCCUUCUCUCAAUCCACAUCCAUCCCCACCAAGCAGGACCGAGUUCGUGACCAUGGCUACGACAAUUACAUGGAAGUCGAGAAGAAAAUCCGCAAAGUCGUCAAAUUCCACAGCCUCAUCCUCUCUCAGCCAAACAACACCAUCGCAGUCUCUCUCCUCGACACGCUCGCUCGCCGUCUAGGUCUCGGUUUCAAGCAGCACGAGCCAGGCGCCUUCAUCCUCAAAUUCCCACAUGUCUUCGAGGUCUACGAGCACCCUGUCCAGCGAAUCCUCUACUGCCGAUUAACCCGAAAGGCUCUGGAUCAAAUCCGCCACGAGCACGAAGCCGUCCUCGCCCAGAUACCCGACGCCGUGACCCGGAUCCGGAAACUCGUCAUGAUGUCGAAUACGGGUCGGAUCCGUCUCGAGCACAUCCGGAUCGCUCGCGCGGAGUUCGGGCUCCCGGAGGAUUUCGAGUACUCGGUGAUUCUCAAACACCCAGAGCUCUUCAAGCUCAUCGACGCCGAAGAGACUCGAGAUAAGUACAUCGAGAUUGUGGAAAAGGAGCCGAAUUUAUCGGUUUGCGCGAUUGAGAGAGUUAGGGAGAUUGAGUAUAGAACGAAAGGAAUCGACGCGGAGGAUGUUCGAUUCUCGUUCGUCGUGAAUUUUCCUCCGGGUUUUAAGAUCGGAAAGUAUUUCCGAAUCGCGGUUUGGAAAUGGCAGAGACUUCCUUACUGGUCACCGUACGAGGAUAUCUCCGGAUACGAUUUGAGAUCGUUGGAAGCGCAGAAGAGAUUGGAGAAGAGAGCUGUUGCUUGCAUACACGAAUUGCUUUCUCUGACUGUGGAGAAGAAGAUAACGCUUGAGAGGAUCGCUCAUUUCAGGAACGUUAUGAAUCUGCCGAAGAGACUGAAAGAGUUUCUUCUGCAGCAUCAGGGGAUUUUCUACAUAUCGACACGUGGGAAUCACGGGAAGCUUCACACGGUGUUUCUGAGAGAGGGUUAUAAGAGAGGGGAAUUGGUGGAGCCGAAUGAUGUGUAUUUAGCUAGGAGGAGAUUAGCUGAGCUUGUGUUGAUGAGCCCUAGAAAGGCUAAGGUUGAUGCAGAGUUGGUUAGUUACAGAAAUGGAUUGGAUGACGAAGAUGAUGAUGAAAUCGAAUAG